GCCCAGAAUAGACGGCCCAAGGUUCCAUUUCAUCAGCUUCUGCGUCUCACUGUGAUCAAUCGGAGAUGGAGGAGACGGAGAAAGAACCGAUAAGAGCGGCUUCUGAGGAGGUCUCUCGUGAAUUCAAAACUCUUAUCAACGCAGAGGAUCUGGACUCCCUCAAGCAAUCGCAGAACCUCAUAUUGGGAAGAUUGCAGGACAGCAAUGCUGUCCUGUCGCAUUUUAAUGAUUAUUCAGAGCAUUGUUUUGCUGAGGUUUCUGGAGACUUCUCUAGAAAUACACGUCUUUUAAGGUCUAUGAAGUCGGAUCUGGAUUACAUAUUUCAGAAACUAAGGAGCAUGAAAUCAAGGAUUAUAGCCACCUAUCCAGAUGCAUUUCCAGAUGGUUCAACAGGAGAAGUACUUGACCGGAGACCUGACCUCGAAAUGCCUCAGUAACACGAGACAAUUUGUCAGCAACAUGUAUCAUGCUACCACUUGUGAAACAGAAUGUAGGAGAAACGUUUAUUUUUACCUAAUGUCCUCUCUUCUAGAUCAGACGUGAUUCAUGUUCACCAUUUCAUGCAGUUUUGGAGCUCGAAAAAGCCUAUAAUUUUCAGUUUUCAUAUAAA